UACUAGUCUGACUUUGGUGAUACUUUCAUUGGCGAGUCAAAGAUGCAGUGUCACUUGAGUAGCGGAGAACUGAAAAUGCUAUCAAUGUUCGGCAAUAUGUCAUGGUAUUUGCAUGUGCAGUGUCAUUUAUCAUCACUGCAUCUCUGAUCUCAUACAUAUACAUAGAUCUCCUCACCCAUAACUUGAUCCAAAGCCAAGCAAAUACUUUAUUGUUUCUGUUUUAUCGUGCAUUUUACCAUAUUUAUUGGCGAAAUCCCUACUGGAUCUGCAAGGGACAGCCCUACAUUUCUCGACUUGUCUCUCUUUCACGAUCUCCGACAUUGAACCUAAAUCUGCGAUAGCAUUGAAGUACUCCACAGAAUUAGCUUUCUACCAGGCAUCGAAUACACCCUUGUCGAAGACCACUCAUCAUAUUAUGAUUGAUCGAUUAUAAGUAUAAAUCUAUCAGACGUCGAGGUCCUUCUACGUGCCAGUACCUUCCACCGGCAAAAUGAUCACAGAUACUCUUAUCACGUUUGCUAUUGAGCAUUGGCCUUCAAUAUUAAUUGUUGGAUUUGCCAUCUACCUUGCUACCAAUCGAUUCAAUCGAGGCCUAAAUAAAUAUCCAGGACCAACUCUUGCUUCUAUCACGGAUUGGUGGAGAUUCUAUGAUGUAUACAAGCGUAGAGCAGAAGUGACCCAUCAGAGGUUACAUGCCGAACAUGGUGAUGUUGUCCGCCUUGGUCCCAAUACUCUCUCAUUUGCAGAUCCAAAAGCAUUGAAAACUAUCUAUGGUUUAAACAAAGGCUUCGUCAAGGUAUCUCAUAUUUACCCGCUUAGAAGCCAGAAGGUAUGCUGAUAUACUAUAGUCUGCAUUCUACCCCGUUCAACAAUCUGUGAAAAAUGGCCACCCACUCCCAUCACUCUUUAGCACCUUGUCUGAGCCUUUCCAUGCACAACUUCGACGUUCAGUCAACUCUGCAUUCAGCAUGUCAUCUGUUGUUCAAUACGAACCACUGGUCACUCGUACCACCGAGAUCUUCCUCUCUCGCACCGCUGACCUCUAUACUUCGCUGAGUGGUCAUUCAUCAUGCGACUUUGCAAGAUGGUUACAAUUUUACGCCUUUGACGUAAUUGGUGAAAUGACAUACUCAAAACGCCAUGGAUUUCUCGAGGAAAACCGAGACGUUGAUGGUAUAAUAUCCUACCUAGCAAAUCUCUUCGACUAUGUUGCACCAAUUGGGCAAAUUCCCAUCCUCGAUCGAAUAUUUCUCAAGAAUCCUUUAUACUUGCUAGGCGCCAAAUACGGCCUCAUAGACGUAACAUUCCCGGUUGCCAAAUUUGCAGCGCAGCGUGUACAAGAACGAUAUCCCAAAACAGAUGGAAAUGGAAUCUUACCCACCAUCGACGCGGAGGUCAAAACAAAUAUUUCUCAACCAGAUUUAUUGUCUAAAUUCAUCCAGGCAAAACACGAUAGACCGGAAUUUAUGACGGAUGAUCUCGUCAUGACAAUGGCUGUCUCAAUGGCGUUUGCAGGCUCUGAAACUACGGCUAUUUCUCUCAGUGCAGUGUUUUAUUAUUUAUUGAAAAAUGAAGGCUGUAUGCAAAAAUUAAUGCGCGAAAUUGAUGGAAAAGCUAUGGAAGGAUAUUUUGCAGAUGAUAAAACGGGAUUGGUCAGUUGGACGGAAAGUCAAGGAUUACCGUAUUUGGAUGCUUGUAUUAAGGAAGCUUUUCGUUUACAUCCCGCAGCCGGGUUACCGCUUGAAAGAGUGGUGCCCCAACAGGGAUUGGAGAUUGCGGGGGAGUGGAUUAAGGGGGGAACGAUUGUGGGGUGUAAUGCUUGGGUUAUUCAUCAUAGGAGGGAGAUUUUUGGAGAGGAUGUGGAAGUUUUUAGACCGGAAAGAUGGUUGGUGGAUGAGGAGAAGGAUAGAGAGGCGGAAGGAAGGAGAAUUAAGGAGAUGGAUGGGACGAUGUUGAUGUUUGGGAUGGGAGCAAGAUCGUGUAUUGGGAGGAAUAUUAGUCUUUUGGAGAUAUACAAGUUGGUUCCGAGUUUUUUGAGGAGGUUUGAGGUAUGUUUUUUUUCUUCUUAUUUUAUUCCCGUUUCUAUUCUGUCUCUCGCACUUUGCAGAAAAGAGUGGUGUGAAAAUAGAUGAAUGAAAUAACUAACAUAUAUCUCAUGGAUAGGUCGCACUCGAAAAACCAGAUCAGGAAUGGACGUUACGCAACUCAUGGUUUGUACGACAACUAGAUUUCCGAACCACGUUUCGCAAUCGAGAACUAGUGCAACCUUGUGCGCAGCCUUCUGUCGAGCAUUUAUCAUAGGAUACCUAGGUAGAUAGGUAGUGCAAUUUGUACACGCAUUUGGUACUCAAGUAGGGCCUUUGGGCGAUAUAAUAUCAUUUUGUGCUUGAUGGAUGGAUGUAUCGGGCGGAUUGGGUAUGGAUGGUACAGUACGGUACCUGCAUACAUUAAUUUUUCAUUAAAAUGUUGUAUGAAUAUGAAUAUGAAUAAAUGAGUAUGAAAUGAAAUGAAAUGAACUGAAAUGGGCUGAGAUAAUGAGAUAAUAAGUGAAUGGGUGAACAUAUAGAUUGAUAUCACGAAAUGGAGUUAAAUAAAUACAUAAAUACAUCACCUUACCUACCUAGGUACAUACAUGGUUAACACGAUGUACCUUAUCAUGUGUCCGUCCUCUAAAAUUAACCUAUGUAUGAAUAACAAAGUUCUUACGGUGCUCAUG